UAGAAUUUUUUGGGUCAUGACUUGACUCUAUGUAGAUUCUAACGUCUUUAUGGGUUUUAGAUUUCACCUACUACCCUAUUUCCCCUUGCUUUCUUUAAGAGCAGAAACUUAGUAUUGUGUCCGAAACCCAUUUUUCUCUCUGUUCUUGCUCUGUUUUAACUACUAGUUGUUUCUGAAAAAAGUAAAUUCCCCUGUUUUUUUGCUCUGUUUCUCUGAAAAUGGCGUCAAGUAACAGGAAGAUGCUGUAUCCAUAUCAACCGGGGCAAAGCUACACCUUUGGGUACUUCAUCACUUGGCCGCAGAUAUACCCACCGCCACCACCACCACCUCCACCGCCGCCUACAUCACUGCAGGGAGAUCUCUCUGUCCUCUUCUCAACCCCAAUCUUCAUAAUAAGCUCUGCCUUACUCUUCCUCUUCUUCACCAUCUUCCUCUACCUCUACAUCAUGUGGUCACGUCGGACCCCACCCUCCUCACCAGCGCCUCACGUCAGCACCAACAGAAGAGAAGACCAAAACCAAGAGAGAGGACAUGCAGAUCUCUCCAGAUACCACCACUUCUGGCGUGUAACAACCGCUGGUCUAGACCGUUCAGCAAUAGACUCCAUCACAGUCGUUAAAUUCAAAAACGGAGAAGGGAUCAUCGACGGCACUGACUGCUCCGUCUGCUUAAGCGAAUUCGAGGAAGACGAAGCGCUUAGACUGUUACCAAAGUGUAGCCACGCCUUCCACGUCAGUUGCAUAGACAUGUGGCUGCUCUCUCACAAGAACUGUCCUUUGUGCCGUGCUCCUGUUUUCUCCACUAAGAUACGUAAUAAAAAAACAGAGACGAAUCAUCAAACAGUGUCUGGAACAAGCAAUGGAGAAGAAGAAGAGAGUUCGGGAUCAAGAAACGUUAAUAAUGUUCUUCUUCCGAGGUCACAAAGCGAUUUAGCUGGACAUUGUGGGAGGAGAAGGUUGGAGACUGUGAGGAGAUCGUUUUCUAUUGGAGGAAGCUCGUUGGUUAAAGCUGAGGGGAGUGAUGAUGUUGCUGGUAGAAGUAGAAGACAGUUCUACAGGAGUUUCAGUACCAACUUUUUUGCAUCAUCAAGAAGAACAAGAAACCAAGACUCGGUUCUCCCUAGCUGAAUGCCUUAUGUAGUCGUCUGGUUACACUACAACUAAGCUUAAGUUAUACUACUAUCUAGUGUGUGUGUGUGCUUAUACACAAAUACAUCUGAUAUAAGUGUAUUGUUUCAAUGUUUGUGUGAGUAUAGUAUAUGAUUGAGAAACGCAUAUAUUAAUAGAAAUGGGGGAAUAAGCUUUAUAUUAAACAAGAAAAUUCUCACUGGGACAUUUUGUCGAACACCUUCAAGACUAUCUUAACAAAACUAAUAGAGUGUAAACCAAUUUAGUCUUGUUGGAUAACAUAACAAUACAAAGUCA